UAGCCAGGGGUGACGUGAUUGUGACGCGAAUUGACACGGCCAAUGGGAGGCAUACAGUUUCUGCCUCCUGAUAUAGAUCGGUAGCCCGUAUUCGGCCGCGUGUAGCCGCAGUUGUCUUUUGCAUCGCCGUUCAGCGAGCCCAACCGCUUUGUUGCCUUAGCUGCACGAUUUUGUUUUGCCGAGUUUUCCGCUUACCGUGUGUUAAAGCCAUGGCCACAGAAGACAGCCAAGUCGCAGGAUGCUCUGCGGAUGUCAAAAUCACCGACAAGAAUGAACAGCAAACAGAGCGACAAGCCCAACUGGUGGAAGAAUCGAAGUUCAAGUCUAAGUACCCAGGGAAAACAAGGCCCGGAGGAGCUUUGGUUUUCCAGAAACGACAGAAGAAAGGGCAAGUGUAUUUCGACUCCGGAGACUACUACAUGGCCAAGGAAAAAGGCCAGAAAGUGGUUCCGCAGGGGCUCCCCACCAUUCUCCAGAACCACACGGGGAUGGUCAUCGCGACAAUGGAGUCGCUGCCACCACGCAAGCCUUCGCCGUCACAGAGCAAGCUGGCCUCGGAGCCCUUUCCAAAAAGGAGUGUCCGAAAGGAGUACUCUCCAUGCAGCAGCACAGACUCACUUCUGGACGAAGAAGACAAGGAAGAUGCAGUUCCUGUUGCGAACCCAUAGUUUGCCUGGUUGCACUAGUUUCUUUUUUUCAGUCAGUUUUGGCACCUUCCUAAAUGCCACCUUUCCCAUAUAAUGGUUGUUGGAGUUGCAGACAGAUUGUAGGUCUGCACCUGCCCUUAUAGUUUUAAUUAAAAGCAAAAGAGCUUGGUCAUAGCUCACAGUGAUAUUUUACCUAUCAGUAUUGCUGGCUCUGUUGCACAUUGUGUGUUGCCAAUCUACAAUUGGGUUCCACUUACCAGCACAGUAAAGCCAUACUGACUGCAUACACUACAGAAAUGCACCUGCAGGUAAUUGUCUAAAAUAUUUCAGCAUGAGAAAAAAAUGCCAUAGUGUGCACAUCUAGUUACCAAGUCCAAUCAACGAAUGUAGGUUUUUAUAAUUUUAAGCUUUCUGGAGUAAUAUUAGAGGUAUUUAUAAGCACAUUAUUUCUAUAGGGGCAUUUAUCACUUAUGCAUCACAACAGCAUACUUA